AUGAGAGGUCAUUACCUCCAUCGGGCAGUGGACUUGGUAUGUUCUGACUAUGGUACUGUCAGCGCUCCAUUCUCUGGCUCUCUGGCUGGUCCGGUGAGUCAGAAAGACCCUACUGGGUUCCAGUACGUUGGAGUCAAACUUGUCAGUGACGUGCACUGUGUAAAGCUCUUCAAUAUCCGGCCGUUCCGCUACAUCGGCACAGUGGCUCGAGGGGACCCGCUGGGUUAUGUGUUGCCCCUGCAAGAACGCUUCUCCGGCAUCACCUCACACCUCAAGCUGCAGAUGUGUGAUGGCACUGACCCUUCCCCUUUCAUCUGA